ACUGGAGAGCUCUACUGCAACCUGUUCAAUAGCUCACCUGCCGGAAGCCUCGCGAGCCUCCUCACUCAAUAGAAAUGCCUUCCACAUGGGUAUCGACCUUGGCGUCGAUAGGAAUGGCCGUAGGACCACCUCUGGUCUACGCUGACCAGGCUGUGUCCAUUGUACGCAAAAAAGACUCGACAGGCUUUUCUCGCGAUAUAUGUGCUGUAUUACUGCUUGCCAAUAUCACUCGAUGCUUCUUCUGGCUAGGAAACCAAUUCGAGUUCGCGCUCUUGAUGCAGUCGCUACUCAUGAUCGUAGCGCAGCUGGCGCUGUUGUAUAUCUGCAUACUUUACCGCCCGCGUCUUAGUCCUGAGAACCUCGGUUCUUCUACGCGCCCGUUUUCCUUCUGGCAGUGGAACACCUUUUCCCAGCAUGUGGAGUUUCUGGCCGGCUAUAUCAUCUGCCUCACCAUCUUGACGCUCAUAUUCGGUCGCAUGGAGCUGUUCGUGACACUCAUGGGCUAUGUCGCUCUUGGUCUGGAGAGCACGUUGCCCAUCCCGCAGAUGAUUAGUAAUUUCAAGCAGAAGUCUCUGUACGGAUUCCGAACGUCCACUCUACUAGGCUGGGUUGGGGGAGAUUCAUUCAAGAUGGUAUAUUUCUUCUUGCAAGGGUCGCCAUUGCAAUUCAAAGUUUGUGCAAUAUUUCAGCUGUCGAUCGAUUUUGUCAUUGUUGCGCAGCGUCUUUAUUAUGGAGCUGCACCACCACCAACAGUCCUGGUAGACGACGACGAUCUGGAGCAGGCGUUGGCGCUGGCCGAGGAAUAGAUGUCGGGUCGUUAUCAUGUAAUAUGAGUUUUGGGGGAUCAUAGUCACUACAGAGAUUGUUCCAUAUCACAAGGCCAACCGGAACUUCGCUCCAGUGGUUCACAGAUGCACAUUGCCUCGCAGUUUCCUAUAUGGUUGAUUGAACAGCGUCGUGUUUUGACUUGGUCAUGUCUGAACUUCUAAUAACAUUACAAACUAC